GAUGCUGUUGAAGUACAGCAGGAUGGGGCCGGGCGUUGGUUCACAUUCAGCCUGGGGCUUGAUUCGGUGAUCUUGCUGGAAGAGAAGGGCUUACCGGCUCACAUUUGUGGCCUUCCUUGUGUGGGCAGUCCGACGUUGCUACCCACUGUGUUGCAUGAAUUGGAAGAUGUGGGGGAGGUCAAACUUGCCAUCACACACCACUCCCUGACCGCCUCUGGUGACUCUUGGAAAGUAGAUGCGGAGAAGGCUUUGGUGUUUGUCCUGGACCAACCGAAACUCAUGGAGACCGGGGCUAAAAAGGGUAAGAAGGCCAAGCGCGCUGGCUACACCAUGAAGAAUUUUGGAGGUAUCCUCAACAUCGGGAAAAUGAAAGAUGCACGUCGUUUCGUUACCGGAUG